CUUAGUCAGUGGUUUAUAAUACGGCGGACAUGUUGUAAAAUAUCAGAUACAAUAAAUAUAUAAAUAUAUUAAAAAUAUAUAAAGCUUAUUGCAAUAAUUAAUCUUUAUAAUUAGAUGUGCGUUGGAAUAUUUUAUUUGUGUUCCCUUGCUCGACAAUGAGUUGGGGCAGCGAACUCUGGGAUCAGUACGACAAUUUGUCGCUACACACUCAAAAAGGGAUCGAUUUUUUGGAGAGAUAUGGACAUUUUAUAAGGGAUAGAUGUAAAAUUGAAGUUGAGUAUGCGGGAAAUUUGAGGAGGUUAGUAAAAAAUUAUUUGCCAAAAAAGAAAGAAGAUGAAGAUUAUCAAUACAGUCCUUGUCGUGCGUUUAAACUUGAAUUAAAUGAAGUAAAUGACCAGGCAGGACAACGGGAAGUGAUAGCAGAAAAUCUUCAGGCUAAUGUACUCCGCGAGUUGACGAUACUUGUCAAAGAUUUCAAAGAGGAUCGUAAAAAAUACUUGCAAGAAGGCGCGCGACUGAUGACAACUCUUGCAACGCAGAUUGGUGGUCUAGAGCGGGCUCGUAAAGCCUACGAAAAGGCAUUCCGAGAGGCUGAGCGCGCACUAGAAAAUUAUCAGCGUGCUGACGCAGAUUUAAAUUUAUCGCGCGCGGAGGUGGAGAAGCAGAGAAUGAAUAUGACGAUGAAAACACAACAGAGUGAGGAAGCGAAAACUGAGUAUGCUAAUCAGUUACAGAAGACUAAUGAAAUGCAGACGCUACAUUAUCAUACUGCUAUGCCACAAGUUUUUCAUCAACUUCAGGAAUUAGAUGAAAAGCGAAUAAAAAAUAUGCGUAACUACAUGUUAAAAUCAGUAGAAAUCGAACGAGCAGUAGCACCAAUAAUAUCUCAGUGUCUCGAUGGUAUUGAAAAAGCAGCAAAUGAAAUAAAUGAAAAAGAAGACACGCUAUUAGUUAUAGAGAGAUUCAAAAGUGGGUUCACGCCACCGGGUGAUUUCCCAUUUGAGGAUCUUUCCGUCGCUAAAUCAUACGACAGCAACACGCAAUUGUCCCAAACCGCGACAAUGCAACCCAUUCAUAAUCAUCUAACAGUAAAAGGCACUGUCUCGGGCGGUAAAAUUAAAAAACGCGUUGGAAUCUUUGGAAUAUUCAGCAGCAACAAGAAUAAUGUACCUGGUUACGGUGACGCUGCAAAGGAGGACUGCAGCGAUCUCCCGCCAAAUCAGCGAAAGAAACGACUGCAGCAGAGAUUAGACGAGAUACAGGCUAAAAUAGCCCAGGAGACUGCAGCGAGGGAUGCGCUGAUGAAAAUGAAGGGCGUGUAUGAACAAAAUCCUGCGCUGGGCGACCCUAUGAGUAUAGAGGGCCAGCUUAAUCAGUCGAGUCACAAAUUAGAUAAGCUUGGUUCUGAGUUAAUUAAGUUCCAAGGUUAUUUUGAUGAUGCCAUUAAAACUGGAGUCGGUUUAUCCAGUCCAAGUCAAGCACAAAGAAAAGCCCCAACGAGUAACGGGUCAUCAGCACGAGUGAGUUCACGUCGAUCGAGUCAUUCAGGCGGUGAGGAAAGUUUAUCGCGGUCUGCAUCUGACUCGAGUGUUGGUAAUGCUCAUGCCCAAGCACAUAAACAGACAACGUCACCUAGCACACCUCAGCCUACACAUGACCCGGAGUCUGGUCUUGGUACUUCGAGAACUUCAUUGCCUGGCAGUGGUGCUGGAGAGGAGUACGAUGCUGAUGAACUCGACGCUCAACCUCCUCUGGGAACUUGUCGUGCUCUCUAUCCAUUUGAUGGUACAUCCGAAGGUUCGAUUCCUAUGUACGAUGGCGAGGAACUCUACAUGAUUGAACUAGACCAAGGGGACGGUUGGACGCGAGUACGUCGCAUGUCUCAGCCCAUCGAGGGCUUUGUUCCCACCUCCUACAUAGAGUAUCAACUUUUCGACACAUAACCUUCCUGCUAAAUUUUUUUUCGACAAAUAAUAAUUUUUUCAAAAAAAAAAAAACAAAAAAAAAAAAACGAAAAAAAAAAAAAUUCAAAAAACAAAAAAAAAGUACUAAUCUAAUCGUUUUUAACUUGGGUAAGUCGAUUCAAAUACUCAGAUAAGAACAAAACGCUAAUCGUGCAAUCUGUUCUCAAUUUAAUUAUUAUAAUUACUAUUAUUAUUAUUAUUAUUAUUAUUACAAUAAUUAUAUUUUAUUUACGUCGACACGCAAUACAAGAAAGGAAAGUGCUUAUAUGAACAAUUAUAAUUAAUUAAUUAAUUAAUCAAAAAAUUAAAAGAAAAUUGCUUAAUCGAGAGAUAAUGGAUCGAUUUAUAAAAUGCUUCAUUGUCGUUCGAUUGACGUGCUUGUGUCACACUACGUGUGCUUUUUUUAAGGUAUUAAAAGUUUCGUGUAUCCUUUUUAUUAAUUAUUAAUUUAAUUAAUUAAAAAGAAGAAAAAAUAUAUAUAUAAAUAUAAAUAUAAAUAUAUAAAUAAAAGAUGUAUAUACGACGGUGGGUUAAGGGUAACUAUAAAUUUAUUUAAUUAGCUCUCUGUACACGGGGUUGUAAUUUGUUUAAUUUAAGUUUUUAUAGUGCACUUGAGUUUUAAUGAGGAAAUAAGUUGGGCUUGUGGGUACUCUUUUGAGAAGAAAUUUCAUUUUAAAAAUAUUUUUACUCUUUGUAUUUUGGCGUAAGAGUGAUAGUUCACGAGAUAAAUAUACUAGCUAUUAAAAUACACAUUUUUUGUUUUAUAAAUUAAAAAUAAGUAGGGCAUGUGAGUACUCUUCCUAAAGGAAAUUUAAUUCCCUACAAUUUUGGUCCUUACAACUUUCUUCCUACGACCAACCAUUUCCAAGAUAAAUUCCAAGUCAUACUUUUAAUUACUCUAAUUACUCGAACAAAUAUUUAAAAUAAGUAAGUCUUGUUGGUAUUCAUUCUUCAGGUAAUUUAAUUUAAAUCAUUUUUUUAUUCUUCGUGUUUUGUCAUAAGAGUGAUAGUUGACGAGAUAAAUAUACUAGGUAUUUAAAUAUAUAUAUAUAUAUAUUUUUUUUAAAUCAAAAAUUAGCAGGGCAUGUGGGUACUCUUUCCAAAGGAAAUUCGAUUCCUUACAAUUUUGGUCCUUAUAAUUUUCUUCCUACGACCAACCGUUUUCAAGAUAAAUACCGUGUCAUACUUUUCAUUACUCUAAUUACUCAAAUAAAUAUAUAAAAUAAGUAAGUCUUGUGGGUACUCUUUCCACAGGAAAUUAAAUGCUCUCAAAUUUUAGUCUUAUAAAAUUUACCUCUAAACUCAAUGGUUUGCAAGAAUUUUAUGAAACUCGUAAAGUGCACUAUUAUUUAAUCAGUACAGAGAGUUAAAUUUUUAAUAAAUAUCUUUUUAUUUUAUUUACUAAACCGUAUCUUU